CUCAACACUCGCUAGUUGAAGGAAAUUCAUAAAUAAAACACAAAUUAUAUUCAAUAUAAACGAGCAAGCCCAGCUAGAGAUUGUGUGAAAAUGUUUCAGACGAAAAGUAUAUAAUCUACCCUCAAAUUACAGCUACAUAUUGUCAUAUGUAUUAUAUAUGCUAGUAAUUUGAACAACAAUUAUUGUCUUUCUCUUAAUAAUGGGGGACCGGGACAUCCCAAGUGUACCCAUCACAACAUUAGCUGGCCUAACCAGCACAUCUGACUUGCUCAGCGAGUUACCUGUCUCAGAUUGCCUUCAGAGUGCUGCAUCUUUUAAUAAAUCGCUUCUGUUUCAUUCGUUGGUGGCCAACGAAUCAAAUAAUCUAUUGUCUGUGCGCGACGAAAAUCUAGUAAGGCAGUUGGUGAAUGCCAUCGAGCAGACGAACUCUGACAAUAUAGAACUUAAGCCGCAAUAUACCAUUCAGCAGCAUGGCGCCAAUAUUAGCACAUAUCCUGAACUGCUUCAGGGUAUUUAUAACUAUCGCCCAACUGUUUUUAACACUCCGCGCAGAAUCGCUUUAAAUGAUUGCACGUACCAGCAACAGCUUGCGGAACAUUUGCAGAAAGAGCGCCCUGCGGAAUCCCAGCACAUGGGCGUUAAUGUUAAUGAUAUGUGUGAAGAAUCGUACAAUUUAAAUGCUGAGCAUCGUGUGCAUCCGCCUGCAAAAGAGAGUUUAGCGCAAUCAAUCAGCAUCGAUGUUACUCGUCAAUUAUCUGAUCAGCGCGAUAAUAGACCAUGUAGGCUUCAGGACGAAUCCAUGGAUGUUCUUAUUCAAAGACAACAACAAUACGUGCAGGGCAUGAAAACUUCUCCAGCAGAUACAGCAAUACCGCAGGAGCAGCAGUCGUCACUAAUUCAAGUAUUGAAUCAGCACGGACACCAGCCCGAGACGUGUUAUCAAUCACAGCCUAAAGACCACAUGAAUAUGGCAAACAACAAGAGCACGAAAUUAUCAAUUAGCCAACAGCAAUUAAGUAAGCUUUCAGAGUUAACAGAUACAUUACAUCAGAACGCAUUUCAAGCUCCGACAACAACUACAUCGACGAUUCAAGGAAAUUUUCAAAAUGUGCUGAAUCUGCAAAGGCAACAGGUAGCCGAUGGAAGCCUAUCACAGCAGCAAGAAGUUUUAAAAUCACAGCAACAAUACUCUAAACCACAAUCGCCUCUCACCGCUUCAACCUCACUAGCGAUUGGUCACAAUAAUAGCACAUUUUUACACGAUUUUAAUCAAUAUACGAAUCUUACAUCAACUGCAACUUCUACAUCCACAUCUUCAAGCGGCAAAUCCCAGGUUCGGGUAUGUAUAAAUCGCCUUAGCGUUGAAGAUGCUCGACUCAUGCAACAGAGUAUUAAAAAGUUUGUACAAAAGUCACCAGAAUUGGCUAGAGAUAUGGGGUUACUACAGGAAUCUACUACUAACAAAGACAAUGACAGUGAAUAUCUGUCCUUAGCAGCUGAGUUCAGUUCAGUUGGAGUGUCUGGUGUUCCUAAAAUUGAUCCAACAAACCCGAAUGCUGCUGCACAAUCAUCUGCAUCAUUAGAUAUAUUUACUGUUAUUAAAGCAGAUGAAAAACGUACUGGAACAAAAAGAAAAUUGGCCAUUUCACUGGGCGAUAUUCCUCCAGAGCAAAUAUUCUCAAAACCCAAACUGCGUCGGGUCGAACGUAUUAUGGCGCUGUCAACUCCAAAAAGCACUAAGGAGGAAGUCAUCCGAUCGCAAACAUACCAACAGUUUAUGAGGAAUAUGGAUCAAAUAAUUGAAAUGCUGGACGAUACGGAAUCCCCAAACUUUGAUUCAGAGGAUGUUGAUGAUAAUAUAGAGUGCAUUUCGUCAAAACUUCUUAACACAAUGAGUGAUGACGUUGCCAAGUUAAAGGCCAAACAAGCACUGGAUUCGAUACCGAAAAACAAAUUAACACUUCUUAUUAACUACGCCAUGCGCAACGUUUAUUUGGCAAGAAACUAUUCUGCUGGACCGGAAGACGAAGAUGAGAUAGUUGAUGAUGAGGUCAUUGAAAAAAUAUUGAACGCAAUGGAUGCGUGCUUACUUAUAUGCAACAUAUAUUCAACAGUGAGCGACUUAAAGUUUUUGCAAGAGGAUAAUAUUUCACACAUUAUUAAAUUUGCUCAGUUUCAAUUGCGUGAAACUAUAUUUCCGUUGCACGAUCCCGUGUAUACUGUAAAAAGUGUUAAAAAAUCUAGUCAACGUAAAAAAACUAAGUCUCAUCAAAGUCACCACCGGAGCCUUCAGCUUUUCUACUCUAAAGUCGUUGAGCUUCUAAAGGUAUUUGUGGCACUCUUCGAUAAAUGCAUAUUUGUCGAUACCAUAGUGCUACCCUUGUCGACGCUCGCUAUAGAGCCUUUCUUUGUAGACAAUAUUGAAACACUGCAAUUUGUUUGCCUGGAGCUAGUUACCACUAUAUUUCGAAAGGAAAGAUACGAUAAAAUACGUAACAGUAUUUUGGGUGACAUACUAUCUUCUAUUGAUCGCUUACCUUCGUCAAAAAAGAAUCUUCGGCCAUAUAAGCUUACAAACAAUGGGGGUAAUAUUCAAAUGGUUACUGCACUAGUGCUCCAGUUAAUUCAAUGCGCUACAAUUUUGACGGAUUCUCUUUGUGAUACCGGUAGAGGUAAUGCCAAAUUUACUCACAUUUUUGAUGAUGAUCUACCAAGCGGUGCUUCACAAAUAGUAAAGCCAAAUCAGGAUAUCCUUGUGCUGAAAAAGUACGAUGUCGCUGUUAGUAUUGGCGGUAACUUUUUAACGACUUUUUUAAAUAAAUGCAAGUCGCGCACCAACGAAACUGAUUUUCGUCCGCUCUUCGAAAAUUUCAUUCAUGAUCUGUUGGCUACUGUCAACAGGCCCGAAUGGCCAGCCUCAGAACUGUUGCUUUCAUUGUUGGGCACAAUGUUAGUUCGUUAUGUGUCUGAUAAAGGUAUAGAACAGAGUAUUCGCCUUGUAUCCUUGGAUUAUCUUGGAAUUGUAGCGGCACGUUUGCGGAAGGACACCGUAGAGUCGCGUUGCAAAGUAAAUAUAAUUGAUUCUAUGAUAAAAUCAAUAAAAGCAGAACAAGAAAAGGAGGGUGACUUGCCAAUAACAAAUACAAAAAUCGAGCUUCAUCCAGAAGAGCAACGAACGGAGUUUCUUCAAAAAAUUCUUCUCGAUUUUCUCGCUGUAAAUGCCCAAGAGGAAAACUUAAUAUGGGACUACGCCCGACAUUUUUAUUUAGCUCAGUGGUACAGGGAUGUUAUCUAUCAGCGACGUCGAAUAAAGGAAGGCGAAAAAGGUUUUGCGUCAAAAAAACCAAAAUCUCAUUUAAAGCAACGAACUGCGGAUUAUUCAGACGAAUCAGAUUCGGGGUCUUGUGAUGAAAAUGAUCCCGAGGACUCUAAUAAAAAUGGAAAUCGCUCCGUCGACGUUGUUGACUAUGAGCUCAAUCUUGAAAUUUUUAACGUUUUGGAAGAACGCAAACAAUACUUGAUCAACAAAAUAAAACCAUGUUCAAUGGGCGAGCAGAGUCAUCAACACAUUAAGACUUAUAUAGAUUAUAAUAAUGCACAGUUGAUAGCUCAAUAUUUAGCUACCAAGCGGCCAUUUAGUCAAUCGUUCGAUGGAUGUCUUAAAAAAAUAAUUUUAGUCGUAAAUGAACCAUCAAUCGCUGUGCGGACGCGAGCAAUGAAAUGUCUGGCAAAUAUAGUUGAAGUGGAUCCCCUGGUUCUGAAACGAAAGGAUAUGCAAAUGGGUGUUAACCAGAAGUUUUUAGAUACAGCAAUAUCGGUACGGGAAGCUGCAGUUGAUUUAGUUGGAAAAUUUGUUCUUAGCAAUCAGGAAUUAAUCGAUCAAUACUAUGAUAUGCUAUCGACUCGAAUAUUGGAUACUGGUGUUUCAGUUAGGAAACGCGUGAUAAAAAUUUUACGCGACAUAUGUAUUGAAUAUCCUGAUUUCGAAAAGAUACCUGAAAUUUGUGUAAAAAUGAUACGUCGCGUAAAUGAUGAAGAGGGCAUUCAAAAGCUAGUUACAGAAGUAUUUAUGAAAAUGUGGUUCACACCAUGUGUAAAAAAUGACAAGCACGGUAUACAACGAAAAAUCAAUCAAAUCAUUGAUGUUGUGAACUCGGCCCAUGACACGGGUACUACAUGGUUGGAAGGUCUUCUAAUGAGCAUUUUCAAACCAAAAGAGAAUAUGGUAAAGCUUGAUGGAAGCACGCAAGAAAUUGUUAAGAAAAAUACGGAACCACCACAAGAGAUUGUCUUGGCUUGCCAGCAAUUAGCCGAUGGUCUUGUGGAUCGGCUAAUUGAAUUGGAGGAUACCGACAAUGCUCGUAUGCUGGGCUGCAUAACUACACUUCAUUUGCUUGCUAAAGUACGCCCUCAACUUUUGAUUCGGCACGCGAUGACAAUAGAGCCAUAUCUGAACAUCAAAUGCCAUUCAGCGUCUGCAGCAAAAUUUAUUUGUGCUGUUGCUGAUAUUCUGGAAAAGGUUGUGCCUCUCGUUAAUAAUGCUAGCGAAUCGUUUUUGGCAUCUUUAGAAGAGCAUCUGAUGCUGCUGGUUGUUUCACGAAAUCAAGCUGAAGUUACCAGCUGUGUUUCUUGUUUGGGAGCGCUUGUAAAUAAGAUAACGAAGAACUAUAAAUUAAUCCGCGACUGUUUCCAAAAGUUUUACCGCGUGCUGGAGCUGUCUAGAAACCAAGUUGAACAAAACGGGUUUAAUAUAGAUAAUAUUUACACACCUAGCUUUCGGAGAAGUCUAUUUACGAUUGGUAUUCUAAUGCGAUAUUUUGACUUUAAAUCCCCCAUCGCCUUAGGUGAAUCAUCUAAUGGACUUCCUGCCACAAUAUGCGAUAACGUAUUUGAGUGUUUGAUGUUCUUUUGUGGUUGCUCAAAUCACGAAAUUCGUAAACAAGCACUUAUAUCACUUGGCUCCUUCUGUGUUAUGAACGAUGACUAUCUGACUCGAUCAGAGCUUAAGCAAUUUUACUGUGAUCUACUUAGCUCAUCCUCAAAUGAUGCCGGAACAAAAAUAAUAUGUAUGCGUAAUAUUUGGAUUUAUUUGACUGAAUCGGAAAUGUUUAUGCAUAACAAAGAGAAAGAGUGGGAAAAGCAAUCAAAGCACGAAGACUUAAAGGAAAUGAAUGAUGUGUCGUCUGGUAUGGCAAGUCGUAUCAUUCAGCUAUAUUUGGAAGAAAUACUUGAUUGCUUUCUAAAUCGUGACGACGCAGUUCGUCUAUGGGCAGUAAAGGUCGUACAAAUUGUGUUGCGCCAAGGAUUGGUGCAUCCCGUAAGAAUGGUACCAUACUUGAUAUGUUUGAGCACCGAUUUAAAGGUUGAGUCAGCGCAUAGAGCAGAUGCCUUGCUAAAAGACAUUGAUAAAACAUAUUCGGGCUUUGUGAAUAUGAAAGUUCAAUUCGGCCUUCAACUUUGUUUCAAGCUGCAGGAAAUACUGCAAGUAAACAACAUGGCGAAAAAUGAAAUAAUUCGGGGCUAUGCCAAACGCGGCCCAGAUCAAGUAACGACAGCUUUAAAUGACUUUCUGUAUACAUUACUCCGAACAACAAAACCACAAAGACGAGCGUUGGUUCAAACAGUAACAAAACAAUUUGAUGAUAAAAAAACAUCAUUACAGCAAAUGUUAUAUAUUGCCGACAAUCUCGCGUACUUUCCAUAUGCGGUCCAGGAUGAGCCCUUAUAUCUGAUACAUCAAAUAGAUUUGCUUAUCUCAAUGGCUGGCACACAUCUUUUAACCACUUUUAAAGAGCAUCUGAGACCAAGUGAUAAGGGAGGUGACAUUCUUGAAGACGAUGACGAUGAAGACGACCCACAUGUUCUUUUCAGUCGCUUACCUGAAAAUAUGACUGAAAUCAAAAAGUGUAUAACUUCUGCACAGGCGUGCAUGCUUCUUCUUGUACUAAAAGAACAUUUAAAGGAAAUGUAUGGUCUAACUGAUAGCAAAAUAUCACGUUAUUCGCCUUCUGAGCAAAAGUUAUAUGAAAAAGCCGUGACACGUAGAAGUGUCGCAGACUUUAAUCCAAGAACAACAAUAGAUGUGAUUAAAAAGCAACAUAUCCAAAACUAUACAAGCACAGAAUCUGAUUGUUUUUCCAGAGAACUCACGAGUGACGAAAAAUUGGAUCUUGUAAUAAAAUACUUGGACUUUAAACAACUGAUGCUUAAACUGGAUCCGGAAGAUGCUGAUUCUGAUGCAGAUGAAUCUCGAGAAAAGUCAAAAUUAAAUAAUUCCGGACUCAUUGAUGAAAGAGAUAGCUCUUUCAAUUCCACCAGGCCAAGUCAAAUGCUAAAUGACAAGCCAAAUUCAGUUUCUAUGCCAACGGGUACUCAAAGCAAUAUUCAAGCAUCAACCACAUUAACGGCUGAAACGCCUUGUACCAAUACACCGGCUUCACGUACUGCAAAAUCAGCACUAUCCCCUGCGAAGUUACUUGCCCGUAAGCAGAGCCAACAACGUAGUAAAAAAAAGCGGCGCAAAGUGAUGUCGUCUGAUGAAGAUGAUGAGCGCAGUGGCGAUGACUAUGCGUGAAAUGUUUCAUUGUCUCAUUGUUUAAACCAUACUUUAUAAAAGGGAACAGAAAUUAUAUAAAAUGCUAUUGAAGUAUAGGCUUAAAUUAUAACGAUCUUAAUUAGUGCAUAUAAUAUAUGUAUGAAUGUAAGCAUAAUUUAUUUUUUAAAGUAGAUAUGUGUAAUAGCAAGUAAUCACUAAUUUUAACAUUUGUUCGGCUAAAGUAAGCUAAGUAUCUUUUGUAGUAUCUGAAUUUAUCUUAAUCGGUUAUGUUGGAGAAAUCAAUACAAUAAAAUAUAGUUUGUGUAUAUUUUUAUAUCGUAUCAUAUUGAUUUAUAAAUUAUUUAGAAGCUAUCUAUUAAUAAUGUUCGUUUGGGCUAAGCUAAAGCCACGGUUUAAACCAGUUCAAGGAUUCGGAAUACCACCGAAGCGGUAUAUCCUACAAAAUUAAUCAUUGGUAAUAAAAUAAUGUCGUGUUUCAGCCAUUAUUAAAGAUGCCUAGUGUAAAAAGCUAUAUAAUAACAAUGUCAUGAUGUUAAAGAAUAUUUCUCUAUAGGGUUAUGUUUUCAAAUUUUCCCAAAUCUUUGUCAUUGUUAUGAAUAUUAAUAUGCAAGUUUUUCUUACAACACAUUUUCAAAUACUGAGAUUUUAUGAAAAAAGGUUUUUUUUGUCGUUUCAUUCUAUAGCGAUCUUAAAAAUCGUUGCAAGGAAAUAUAAUAAAUUAUUUUCUUGUUUUCUUUUAAUCGAAAGCACAUAGAUUUAUCAAAAUAAUCCAACUGGCACAUUACUAGGAUUACAUUCUUUGGUUAUAAUUCAGCCAAAUCGAAUCAUGUACAUUAUUUUAUUUCAUAGUUGCAAACUAAAAGCUCUAAUAUUAUUUCAAGUCACACAUAUUGUACAAAAAUAUAUUUUCAUUUACUUUAUAAUAUAAAAAAU